AUGGCUCUCUCGAGGAGCUCUUCUGGAAGGAUAUUCUCUUCUCCAAUCUUUGCCAUAUUAUGUUUAUUUUAUAUUUUCACUUCCACAGCAUUGGCUGCUUCGGCAGUUUUGGGCGUUGAUCUUGGGACAGAAUACAUCAAGGCAGCCCUCGUAAAACCUGGUAUUCCACUCGAAAUUGUUCUUACCAAAGACUCAAGACGAAAAGAAACUUCCGCCGUAGCCUUUAAGCCUUCGAAAAACCCAUCUACCGGAUCAUACCCAGAAAGAGUUUAUGGUUCAGAUGCCGUAGCUUUGGCUGCACGAUUUCCUGGUGAUGUUUAUCCUAACCUCAAACCUCUCUUGGGAUUGGGGGCCGAAAAUGAUCUUGUCAAAGAGUAUGGAAUCCGCCAUCCAGCUUUACAAUUGGAGGCGGACAAGACACGAGGUACAGCUGCUUUUCGAAGUGGUGCCUUUGCUGCAGAUGAGCUACCAUGGACCGUCGAGGAAAUAUUAGCUAUGGAAUUGCAGAGCAUUCAAAAGAACGCAGAGGCUCUAGCAGGUAGCAAAGUGAAGGAUUUAGUUAUUACUAUUCCAACAUUUUAUACUACCGAAGAGAAAAGAGCGGUUCUUUUGGCUGCAGAUUUGGCAGGCCUUCGAGUUUUGGAAUUGAUUAGUGAUGGAUUGGCCGUAGGUCUUAAUUACGCUACAUCUCGAACAUUCCCCAGUGUUAGCGAAGGAGGAAAGCCGGAAUACCACAUGGUUUUUGAUAUGGGUGCUGGAUCUACAAAGGCUACAGUUUUGAGGUUUCAAGGACGAACCGUGAAGGAUGUUGGGAAAUUCAACAAGACUAUCCAAGAAGUAAAGGUCCUUGGCAGCUCAUGGGAUAGAACACUUGGAGGUGAUUCUCUCAACGCCGUCAUCGUCGAUGAUAUGAUUGCCAAUUUUGUUGAAUCUCCCAAAGCACAAGAGGUAUCAGCAACUGCCGAGAAGGUCCAAGCACAUGGAAGAGCUGCUGCGAAAUUGUGGAAGGAAGCCGAACGUCUGCGACAAAUUUUGAGUGCCAAUGCCAAUACCCAAGCUGGCUUUGAAGGACUUUACGAAGAUGUUGACUUCAAAUACAAGAUCAGCCGAGCAGAGUUCGAAAAACUCGCUGAAAAACAUGCGGCUCGAGUUGGUGUAGUGAUUCAGAAAGCUUUGGACCUUGUCAGCCUCGAGGUUAAUGAUCUUGAUUCUAUUAUCCUUCACGGAGGUGCCAUCAGAACUCCUUUUGUUCAGAAAGAGCUUGAGAAGAUUGUUGGAGGUUCCGAUAAGAUCCGCACCAAUGUCAAUGCUGAUGAAGCCGCUGUUUUUGGUGCUGGGUUCAGAGGUGCCGGACUCAGUCCUUCAUUCAGAGUCAAGGAAAUUCGAAGCUAUGAUGGUGCUUCUUUUGCGGCCGGUAUUAAGUAUACCGAUAUCCACAAGAAGAAUAGGCAUCAAAGAUUAUAUGAACCAACCACUAAUCUUAAUGCCGAGAAGCAAUUUACUUUCGACAAUCAUGAGGAUUUUACCAUUGACUUUUAUCAACAUGUUGCAUCAUCGGAAGGAGUAUCGGGAGGAUCCGCCGAGAAACAAUUGAAAGCCAUCACUACACAAAACUUGAAUGAGUCUGUGGCUCUUUUGAAAGAGAAACACAAGUGCGAAAACAAAGAUAUCAGAGUUAAGUUAAGCACUCGUGUCAGUCCUGUUAAUGGCGAAAUGGAUAUCAUGAAGUUUGUCGUUGAUUGUGAGGCCGAGGAGGUAGAGAAAGAGAGUAUGGUCGAUAGCGUCAAGGGACUUUUUGGAUUCGGGAAGAAGGACCAAGCUCCAUUAUCAGAGGAUGGUACAGCUUUUGUUGACAGCUCUAGCACUACUGAGAGUUCCACUACAUCUACCAGUACCACUUCGUCUAGCAGUUCUUCCAAAUCCGCCUCCGCAUCAGCUAAAGACAAGGAGGCUCCUAAGAGCAAGAAGAAUCUGAUCGUCAUUCCAUUGAAAUAUGAAACAGAACUCAAAGGUAUUCCAGAAGUUCCAGCUUCCGAAAUCACUAGAAUGAAAGAUCGUAUCGCCGCGUUCGAUGACUCCGACAGAUCUCGUCGUUUACGUGAGGAAGCUUUGAACCAAUUGGAAGGAUUCACAUACAAAGUAAGGGACUUCCUUGACAAUGAAGAAUUCAUCGCCGCAUCUACCGAAACCGAACGUUCAGAACUGGAGAGUAAAUCCAAGGCAGCAAGUGAAUGGAUCUAUUCUGGUGGUGCCGAUGCUUCCCGUGAUGAACUCAAAGCCAAACUUAAAGAAAUGAAAGACAUCGUCACACCAAUUCAAAAGCGAAGAGAAGAAACAGCUGGUCGACCUGAACAUUUGAAAGCUCUCAAGGAAGCUCUCGAACAAACCAAAUCGUUCAUUGCAGGUGUUAAAGAGCAAAUCAAAAAUGAAACAGAGGCCCAUUCUUCUUUCAGUGCAUCCAAAUCUAGCGCUUCGGCAAGCGCUAAAACAACAUCUACAAUCACGGUUGAUGAUUUCGUCGAUCUUGAAGAUGAUGAAAUUGCCGGGUCUGCUUCAUCCACAGUAACUGCCCCUCCUGAAGAAGAAACCAUGAACCCACCCAUCUAUACCGAGGCCGAUAUCGUUGCUCCUCAAGAACUCUACGACAGCAUCUCUAAAUGGCUCGCCGAGCUCUCGGAGAAACAAGAAAAGCUUGCACCCACAGAUGACCCUGUUCUUCUCAUCAAAGAUCUCACAGAAAAGACGAAACAAUUGCAAGAUGCCGGUGUAGAACUUAUCAUGAAAAGCAUGAAACAACCCUACAAAUCUAGUCGCAAGCCAACUCCCAAAUCCGAUAAACCAAAGAAGGCUACGAAAUCAAAGUCAAAGACUAAGAAAUCAAAGAAGACAGGUACCGCAACUGCGGAAGAAGCAGAUGCAACUAUUGACCUUGGUUUUGGAGGCGCAGAUGGAAAGCCAGAAAAGGGAGCUGAUGGAGAAGGAGCUACUAGAUUUAAAGUGGGUGAAAAUGAUGAAAUGCCUAGUGAAGAACAGAUUUUGGAAGCAAUCAAAAAGUCAAAGGAAAAUUCAGAGAAGGGAAAGAAGGAAGAUAUUAAACAUGGUGAAUUGUAG